AUGACGUUGUGGGAGUCCUCCCCAGGAGGCUGUGCCGCAAGGAAAAACUCAGGCCUCCCUGUGGAAGUGCCUGAGGGAAUGGGGAGGAGGUCAGACACGUGGGUCGUGUCAAACAUCCAGGAUUACGAGCAAGCCAAGCGAUUUAAGCUGGAUCAUGGUGGUUCCAACAUGGGGCCUGCUGCUGGCCUUUCCCCAGGCUUGGCAAUGCAGCAGUCUGCACAACAGGCUCGAAUGUACGCCCGAAUGCCUGGCCAUGGCCUUGUCCAAGACAAAGCCCUUUCAGACAGACCGAUGCACCCAGGUUUUGUGCCCAGCGAAGCAGAAGCUGCGUGCAAAACUGCUAGGAGGUCAUCACUUGACUCCACAACGAACAGCACGGGGACGAAGGUGGUCCCUGUGGGCUCAGGAGGCCAGUCCUUGUUGAGUGGCUCGCUUCCUCAUGGCCGACCAGUGAUGACCUUCGUGGAUCAUACGAGCGGAAACGCCCAGCAGCAUGCCGUGUAUCCCCCGCUGAACGGCCAACAAAUUGUGGGCAACGUCGGUGCGCAGCAGUACUCUCCACACGUCAGGAUGCUCCAGGAGCAGAGGUUCCAAGCCAUGCAGCAGCAGCUCCAGCAGGCGAGGGGGCUGCAGGGCAGGCAGUAUGCGGCCAACGGGGUCACACCAGGAGUGAUUGGUGCCCAGCAUGCAGCGGCAGCAUCUUACACUGCAGCGGCGCAGGGGCGUGCUCAGACCUACGCUUCUCAGGCUACGCUCGCCAAGCCCUCCUAUGGCAGUGGAAUGGCAGGGCAGGGAGGCCAGAACGUGGUUCUGUCCCCUCAGCUGUCCACUGUCGGCAGCUGCGGCAAUCCGGGCGGGUCUGCCGGUGCCGCCCCCGCUAAGAUCGACGAGACUUGGAGCUCGCUCAGGCAGGCCCCCAGGUCAUCCCAGGGUCCCAUGAAGUACAGCGCUGCUGCCGAAUCGAACAAUGGGGGCACCGGGAUGGUGGCGAUCUCGCAAGUUGCGCAGAAGCAGGACGCCGCAAGCAUGCCUGCCAUGGGCAACAGCUGCGUGCCGAUGAGCUCUAAUAAGACGUUGGCACCAUCGCCACAGGAGCACGCGGGCGGCCCAUUCCCGUCGACGAACGGCAACUCAUCGAGCGUUGCGUCCACAGAUGGCCCAGGCGCAUCGCAGAAUGGGACCCCGGAAUCAAACAACCCAGCGGAGAAGAACGGGCACCACGCCAGCUUGGACGCCGUCAGGGAGAAGGGCUUGGGCCCGCGCUUUGAGAACGGGGACACGGGCGAUUUGGACAAUGGCAAUGGCUUGUUGGAUGCUGAUGUUGGUAACCCCCUGUUCACAGAUGUCAACACUGGGAGCCCUGGCUUUGGCGCGGACCUCGAUUUGGGUGAGCUGUGUGACAUGGGAGUGCAAUGA